GAAUUCAUCCCCACAAAAAACAUGGAUUAAAAGCGUGUAGCAGCGGCCUGCCGGAGUCACCAGCCCGCCAGAAGGAUGUCGAGCCCGGCGAGGAGCGGAGACAUCAUCCACCUGAACGUCGGAGGGAAGCGGUUCAGCACCUCCAGACAGACGCUCACGUGGGUUCCCGACUCCUUUUUCUCCAGCCUCCUGAGCGGCAGGAUCUCGACUCUGAAGGAUGAAACCGGAGCCAUCUUCAUCGACAGAGACCCGUCUCUGUUCGCCACCAUCCUCAACUUCCUGCGGACCAAAGAGCUGCAUCCUCGGUCCAUCAACGUGCACAUGCUCAUGCACGAGGCCGAGUUCUACGGCAUCACGCCGCUCGUGCGUAAGCUGCAGCUGUGUGACGAACUCGACAGGUCGUCUUGUGGGAACGUCCUGUUCAACGGAUACCUGCCGCCUCCAGUUUAUCCGGCGAAGCGUCGGAACCGCCACAGCGUCGCCGGCUCUCAGUUCAUGGCGGGUCGAGCGGUUCCGAUGGAGCGAGCACCGGUGAGACGCAGCAACACGAUGCCGCCCAACCUGGGCAACUCUGGGAUCCUGGGCCGGAUGAGCGGCGAGGAGCGGACGUCUGCAGGUCCGUCCUCGGAUCCCGGACUGGUCCGGAUCAUCUGUGGUCACCACAACUGGAUCGCUGUGGCCUACGCUCAGUUUGUCGUCUGCUACAGGGUGAAGGAGUCGACCGGCUGGCAGCAGGUCUUCACGUCUCCUCGUCUCGACUGGAUGAUCGACAGAGUCGCCCUCAACGCCAAAGUGAUGGGCGGCUCGCUGGGAGACAACGACAAGAUGGUGGCCGUCGCCUCGGUAACGGAGAUCAUCCUGUGGGCCAUCUGCCCCGACGGCAACGGCAACGAAAUCGGCGUCUUCAGUCUGAACGUGCCGGCCGAGGCGCUCUUCUUCGUUGGUAACCAGCUGAUCGCCACCAGCCACACCGGGAAGGUCGGAGUUUGGAACGCCGUCACCAAACACUGGCAGAACCAGGAUGUGGUUCCCAUCAGCAGCUACGACACCGCCGGUUCCUUCCUGAUCCUCGGCUGCAACAACGGAUCGAUUUACUACAUCGAUGUUCAGAAGUUUCCUCUGAGGAUGAAGGACAACGACCUCCUGGUGACGGAGCUCUACAGAGACCCGACUGAAGACGCCAUCACCGCUCUGAGCGUCUACCUCACUCCUAAAACCAGUGACAGCGGGAACUGGAUCGAGAUCGCCUACGGGACCAGUUCAGGGACGGUCCGAGUCAUCGUCCAGCAUCCGGAGACGGUCGGUUCAGGACCUCAGCUGUUCCAGACCUUCUCUGUCCACCGCAGCCCGGUUACCAAGAUCAUGCUG